AUGCACCCCAGCAGCCGCCCGUUCCAAGACGCGUCCGUCGCACGCACGCCACCAACAUCUAUUGGCCACUCCAUGAACGUUUCCCCUAUGCCUCCUGUAGACAGCGCGUCACCCGCGUACCAAACGCCGCUAGCUUCCGCUGCUUUACCCGGACCGCCUCACUCGAACCUCAUGGACGAGAUUAGUAACCAGAUCAAAUCUAGUAACAGUCAGACCAUCGUCAAAUUCAUGCGUCUUCUAAAUCUGGUACUGGCCUCACUCACCAUAACGGUAGGCGUGUUAGCAUGGAUUUGUGGUCAAGUGGAUACUUUCCAGAAGGUCAUUGCAGGGAUCUACAUCAUAUUGUUUGGGGCGCUGCUGCUGGCCUUUGAGCUGCGUACCGAGAAGAUUGACGUCGUUCUGCGCACCAACUUUGGCUUUAUGUAUGGCAACAAGACGCGCACGUUGUUCCUCGUCUUCAUUGCGAUCUGGCCGCUUUCGAUGGGCAACUUCUGGCUCACGAUUCUCGACGCUCUGUUGUUGUUUCUCAACGCGCUGUUCAACUUCUUUGUCAUCUCGAAGCACCCGGCCUUCUCCGCGAUGCCACCCGUGCACGACUUUGAUGCCCAACAUCAUAAGUUCGCUACUACUGGCUGUGGACCUUCGGCGCUUCCUGUUUCCGACGAUCGCCGUUGA